AUGUAUGACCCAAUUCAGAAGAAAAGUCUCGAGAUUAUAUAUGAAAUCCUACCCUGGGGAAUUAAGCUCUGUCCAGCAACAAUAAAUGCCAGUGAUCUUGACUGGAAAAAAGACCACCGUUCAUGCGUCGGCGAGGGGGAGGUAUCUACAGUGUACAAAGGGAAGCUAAAGAAUCUUGGAAGAAAUAAAUCAGAGACUUCUGAAAUGAACGUGGCGGUAAAAGUAUUCAAGAAACAAUUUGAUGAACCGAAUUCAAGAUACUUUUUGCAGGAAGAACUGCAGAUUAGAGAUUUGAGACAUAAAAACGUUCUCAAGUAUUUUGGAGCAGCCCGAACUAGUGAUAAUACUCUUUUAUCCAACGACCACCAAUUUAUAUUCGUGAUGGAAGCAGCCCGACAAAACCUGCGAAGUGUCAUCUUCAAAAACCGAAUUCUGACCCCAGCGGAGUCUGAAAACUCCAAACUAGCAAUCGGCAAGUUCAUUAAGAGGGCGAUGGACAUAGCGGAUGGUUUAAACUACAUUCACGAGAGAGGACUUAUUCACAGACAUCUCAAGCUGGAAAAUAUUUUGGAAGACGAGGACGGGACAGCGAUGAUAUCAGAUAUUGGAAUUGUGGGCCAAUUUUUGGAAACAGAGAAAAGCAUAACUAACCUUGCACCCGAGGUGCUCGAAGACCUCAGGAAUCGUACAAAAGCAGCAGAUGUUUACAGUUAUGGUAUUGUAUUGUGGGAGAUGUGGUAUGGCGCCCAUGCGUUCAGAGAAUUUAUGCCUAUCGAAAAAGUCCAAUUCCGAGAAAAGCUGGUUGAAGGGUAUCGUCCAGAAAUGGAUAACAACAAAUCAACAUACCAAAAAUACAUGGGGUCAUGGUGGCAAGCUGGGCUACUGAGGUUGAAAAGAGAUGGUCAAUGA